GUAUAUAGGGCGGCUCCGGCGUGCUCAGCGCACUCUGCAGCAGGACAGUGUGAGAGGCAGAAACUACAGGCAACUAACACCAUGGUGAAGAUUGGUAUCAAUGGAUUUGGCCGUAUCGGGCGUCUGGUGACCCGUGCUGCUAUUCAGUCUGGAAAGGUCGAGGUUGCACACAUCAAUGACCCCUUCAUUGACGUUGGUUACAUGGUUUACAUGUUCAAGUAUGACUCCACUCAUGGACGCUUCAAGGGAGAUGUGAAGAGUGAAGGCAGCAAGCUGAUCAUCAAUGGCAAGGCCAUCACCGUGUCUCAGGAACGGGACCCAGCUGCAAUCAAAUGGGGAGAGGCUGGUGCCGACUACGUUGUGGAAUCUACCGGUGUGUUCACAACCAUCGAGAAGGCCUCUGCUCACUUGAAGGGAGGUGCCAAGCGUGUUAUCAUCUCUGCACCUUCUGCUGAUGCCCCCAUGUAUGUCGUUGGUGUCAACCAUGAAAGCUAUGACAAGACAAACAAAGUUAUCAGCAAUGCCUCCUGUACCACCAACUGCCUGGCUCCUCUUGCAAAGGUCAUCAAUGACAACUUUGGAAUUGUGGAGGCGUUGAUGACCACUGUCCAUGCUUACACCGCUACACAGAAGUGUGUGGACGGACCAUCUGGCAAACUGUGGCGUGAUGGCAGAGGUGCUGGACAGAACAUCAUCCCAGCAUCCACUGGUGUGCUGCCAAGGCUGUCGGCAAAGUCAUCCCUCAGCUGAACGGAAAACUCACCGGCAUGGCUUUCAGAGUCCCCCACCCCCAACGUGUCUGUGGUUGACCUGACCUGCCGCCUGGAAAAGCCUGCCAAAUAUGAUGACAUCAAAGCCGCAGUGAAGGCUGCAUCUCAGGGACCACUGAAGGGAAUUCUGGGAUACACAGAUGAGGAGGUAUGCUUCUCGCUAGUCACAUUUAGAAUGGAACUCCUACAGACACCUGGUGUCUAA